GUCGCAUCUGGCUACCAGAGCUGAGAAAAACCAUCAAUCACUUGGAAUUUCUUGCCACUUGAGUUCAGUUGAAUCUACUACCACCACCCUCCGAGAAAAUAUGCCUGCUGAAGCCAAUGCACCCGCACCAGCCGACAUGCUGGCCGCGUUCCACCAGCAUCUCAAAUCGCGCAGUGCUACAGGAAAACCCCCCCGGUAUUCCGUGCUGCUCAGGUCACCAAAGGUGGAUCUCUUGCUCCGCUCACGUCUGGCAUACGUUGUCAAUGGCUCGCCGGCGUGGAAGACCGACCUCCUCCGAGACCCUCAGACUGCAGCUGAGGAAGCUGUACACGCCAUUGAGAUGAAUAUUGCCAUCUUUGGUGUGACCAUUAUUCUAUUUGUUUGGAGUGACGUCCUUAAUGGCACCAAUUAUGCAGCUGCUUUGGAUCCCAUCGCGGAGGAAGUGUUCGAGAUUCUAUUCGAUAGCACCGACGUCGCUUUCAAGAUUGCGAAAUACGGAGAAGGUUUCGCCGACGAAAUCGCCACUUUCUCGGCCAAUACCAACCUCACCGCAGCACAACGCACCGCCAAAAUCCAGGGCUAUCUCACCGACGUCCGAGCGCACGAAAAUGACGCGCGAACCAUGUUAACUCGUCUCACCACCAAGAGCGAUAACUUCGUGGCCGCCUGGGUGGCAGUUGGCCAAGAGAGCUCCAGAAACGUCGGACAGGAUCUUCUCGAUGCCGAAGAUCUACGUAUUGAAUUUGUCGCAAACGUGGGCAUCCAGGCCCGUACCUGGAACACGACGGUGGUGGAUUCCCGGAUGAUUGAAUCCAUGUUGCAAAUGGCAAUUACUAUGGUGGAAUAUCCCUCAUUCAUGCAAACUAGCCUUGAUCGGGCAGUGGAACACUACACAGCGAACGCGUUGCAUAUGAGAGCCUUUGCAGACAAGUUGACAGAAUGGUUGGACGAGAAUGAAAUCGACAGAGAUAUUCUAGACUCCUAAGCAAGCACAUGCCGGGCGCGCUAACAGAUGCAGCUCGCAGCUCCAUCUCUUUCAGCUUUAGGAAUUAGCGUCGCAGUGCCUAUGGAGAUCAGCCAGCCACAUACGUCAUGUUAAUUUAUCACUUGGUUAUUUUCGUAACAUGGAGAAGAGGGGUAUCAGCUAAAUUGAGCAGCACUUGCACAGCAGAAACGUGUAACAUCAUCC